AUGGCUACUACCACCCCUCCCAUACUCGAAUUGCCGCCUGAGGUCGUCGUGCACAUCUCCAACUUCCUGAACACUAAGGAGCUGGGCGACUUUCGACAAUCAUGCAAAGCGAUCGAGACCGCGACUUUCAAGGCAUUUUCGAAAGACUUCUUUUCUAAACGUCAAUUUAUGCUCGAGCAGGUCAGCUUGCAGGCUUUGGUCGACAUCUCGAAGCAUCCAGUGUUAUCGAAGCAGCUGUCGGAAGUCAUCAUCAGCACGCACAAGUUACCAAAUCAGUACAGUGGCUUCAAUAGGCUGUCGUCUGCUCUCAUAGAAUCCGGUUACGUGGACCAGGAUGUUUUGAUCACCACAGGCCUGGCCCGCGACAUGCUUGUCCAAGCAUUCUCUAAUCUGACCAAUCUGCGCACUGUCGGCUUACGGGACUUCGAUGGCUUGGGCCGCUAUCGAGAUGGAAUUGAUGCGAGAUGGAGGACUUACGGGUGGUCUUACGGAAGGGUCCCGCAUGAUGUGGGUCCUUACCAGCUUGAGAACCGCUCACCAGAUUCGUAUUUGCCCCUUAUCCUCCUCGCUCUGGGGCAGGCUAGAGUGUCUGUACAAGCCAUUCCGAGGGCCGUCCAGCAUAGCGAAUCAAGAUCUCAAAACCAGGCAGACCCUUUGCAAGGUACGCGCAGUAUUGUGCAACUGGAUAUCAUUCUGCGAAGACAUCACAAACUCCUGCCGCGAUCAUUCGAUGUACUGGGAGGCUACAUGGGCACGACUGUCAAGCCGAUCUUGGCAGGAUUGAAGCAGCUGCUCCUUGUGGUCGACAGCAACGAGCGUUAUCGCUUAGUUGACCCCACGAACGAUCCUCCCCCUCGAGAUGCAUUGGCGAACUUCUUGCACCACUGUCGACAGCUCGAAAUACUGCGACUCAAUUUCUGCCCAAACGACCACUAUGCGGAAAGGUUCCUCCAAUGGUUCGGCGCCCUCGGCACGACCGUCCUUGGUGCGACUGCCCUCGGCGCAGAGUUUGCCACAGUAAUACCACUUUCGCUGCCAUAUUUGAAGACUUUGGACCUUGGCAUGCUCGCAGCUAGUCCAUCAGCACUCGUCCGAACGAUCUGCAAGUUUGACUUGACCUCGUUGAAUUUGUGGAAGAUCACCAUCGAAUGUGCUCCGACGGAUCCUGCAUCCUUUGAAGAAUUCUUGACGAAUCUUGCAGACGUACUGCCCACGUCAACCGCCAUUCGCAACAUCAGCUUCGGGUUCAUCCAUCAAUUACGCCACACACCUUUACAUCUCUCCAUGGCGGACUCGAUUCGCUUCGCUAAAGACGGCGAUGUCAAAAACCGCGCUGGGCAUAAUGUAGAGGAACGUGCUGUGUUUCAGAUAGAUCAUGGCUUGAGUGUCGCCCAAUGGCUGAGAGCGACAGCCGAUCGAGUAUGGCUUGAGAACGCGGAAGAGAAUUACAUCAGCAUGGGCGACGAUGGUUCGGAUGAAGAAGUGGGAGACAGCGACCUCGAUGAACCGGAGGACGAAGAAGGUGUCGCUAUUGAUGGAGCUGGGGGUGACAACGGGAAUGAGGAUGAAGAUGAUGGUGGGCACGAGGCUUAG